UUAGCUUUGACUGGGGAGCUUUCAGGCAGCCCGAAGGGCCCCUGCUCUGCAUCGCCGGCUGCAGAGCUGUGUGGGAGAGGCGGGCAUGGCUUUGCCGGCGCGCUUGCGGGUUAAUCAGUGUGAAGCAGCAGUGAAGGCUCUGGACUGAAAUCGCUGGCUUGGGAAGCAGGCUGAAGAUGACCUCUGAUUUUGGGCAGGCCUGCACCUGCUAGGGCGACAACACAACAUGUAACCUUGGUGUUCCCCCCAAAGAAAUAUUAUGCCUUUUGCCUGUACCCAAGGGUCAACUUUCAUGGCUCUCCCCUUAGCAAGAUCAAUUACUGAAACACCCUUUCCUUUUCUCAAGGUGUAGGAAGGAAGGCAAAUUCCAAUAAGUCUCCAGAUUGUGCUCCUGACUGAUAAUUUAGUGUGCAGGGCUGAUGAGAAGAGACAAGUCAGAAGCAACCACUUGGAGAAAACCAAGCCGAGGAUUUUCAGGGGUUUUAUAUCCCUGGGUUGGUAGGGAGCUCAGGUCCAGGGUCCCAGGGACUGCUCCUAGAUUCUUUCAGCCCUCCUUCAGCAAGAUGAUGGACUUGCUAAGUGGGGUCAGAGCUUGAACCAAAGGAGAGGAUAUUUACCCAGGUUCCAUGCACAGGCCAGUAAUGGAGCUGCUCCAGGAGCAGCUUAAGGUUGGUCCCAGUUGCCUGUCUGAAGCCCAGUCUCUAAAAUGUUUGUUUGCAUGCCUGUGGGUUUAUAAUGCACAAAAGGCUGCCAGGACUUGGGGAUAGAAAUGACCCAGGCCUCUUAAAGGGAGGGCCUGGCCUGGGCAGCAUUGUGGGUGGACAGAGUUCUCUAGGGAAACUCACACCCAUUUCCCUCAGAAGCAAAAAAGUAAAUUAUAUUAGUUCCAACCAACCAGGACUUUUCUCGUGCCAGACAUCCUGCCAUGAGGAAAUUUUAGAGCAAGGACGCCCAGCAUGCUGCCCUUCUGUAGGAAUGCAAAGUUGGGCUUCCUUUCUUUUCUGAUUUGUGCGGGAAGGAGCUUAUUACCUUUGGGGACAGAUGUCUUUCGGUUAGAAAGAAUUGAAAAUAAUAAAACCCUCUGGGAAAAGGCUCAAAGGCAGAAAAUGAGAUACAAGACUUCUUUGGUGAUGAGGAAACGAAUACGGCUUUACCGAAACACCCUGAAAGAGUCAAGUAGCAGCUCUGGACACCAUGGCCCCCAGCUCGCUGCCGCCUCCAGCCCCUUGGUGUUCCCAGGCCUUCACGAGCAGCCUCCCCAGGCCUCCCCCAGCGGCACUUUGAACGGACUCCUGCGUCUGGGGCUCCCCGGAGACAUGUACGCACGGCCUGAACCCUUCCCGCCGGGACCUGUGGCCCGCAGCGACGCCCUGGCAGCUGCCGCAGCCCUGCACGGCUACGGGAGCAUGAACCUGACCAUGAACAUCGCCGCGCCCCACGGUCCCGGCGCCUUCUUCCGCUACAUGCGCCAGCCCAUCAAACAGGAGCUUAUCUGCAAGUGGCUGGCGGCUGACGGCCCCGCGCCCCCGCGCCUCUGCUCCAAAACUUUCAGCACCAUGCACGAGCUGGUCACGCACGUCACCGUGGAGCACGUCGGCGGCCCUGAGCAGGCCAACCACAUCUGCUUCUGGGAGGAGUGUCCGCGCCAGGGCAAGCCCUUUAAAGCCAAAUACAAACUUGUAAAUCACAUCCGCGUGCACACGGGCGAGAAGCCCUUCCCCUGUCCUUUCCCGGGGUGUGGGAAGGUCUUUGCUAGAUCAGAAAAUCUCAAAAUACACAAAAGAACUCACACAGGGGAGAAGCCCUUCAGGUGCGAGUUCGAGGGCUGCGAGCGGCGCUUCGCCAACAGCAGCGACCGCAAGAAGCACUCACACGUGCAUACGAGCGACAAGCCCUACACGUGCAAAGUGCGCGGCUGCGACAAGUGCUACACGCACCCCAGCUCCCUGCGUAAGCACAUGAAGGUGCACGGGCGCUCGCCGCCGCCUCCCAGCUCUGGCUACGACUCGGCCGCGCCGUCUGCCCUCGUGUCGCCCUCCUCGGACUUCGGCCGCGAGCCCCCAGUGGCCUCCUCGGCGGCGGUGGUGGCGCGUGGCGCCGACCUGAGUGAAUGGUACGUGUGUCAGGGCUCUGGCCCCGCCGCCGCAGACCCUGCGUCUCCCCUGAGUGCCGCGUCACCACCUGGCCCUGCCGCUGCUGCCGCCGCCGCCGCCUCCAGUAUUAAGGCUUGAAGAGAGAGUGAGGAAGGAAGAAGGGAAGGAAGGUCACCACUGAUAGUUGUUAGAGCUGUUGAAUAUGCUGAUAUAAUGUCCAUUAUCUUAAAAUAUCAAUAAUGGUACCCAUAGAGAUUCUAUCAUCACAUCCUGCACUCCCACCCACCUUCACACACAGAUGCCCUCAUAACUGGGUAGCUUGAAACCAAUGCAAAGAAACUAGAGAAAGAGAUAAGCAAGAGGUAAACAACAACUGUAUUAGGAGAGUUUAUGUGCAAUAUUAGCAACUACAGGUGGCAUAAGUAAGACCACAAGGAUCUUGUGUGGUUCACAGAAUGGGAAAUGUUUUCCUCGAGGCUUGGGUCACUUGGAUUGCCAUCCCUACUCCCUUCCCAGCUCCCAGUCUGAGCUUCCUUAGGAGUUUCUCUGCCGGUAUUGUCCCUUCCUAUUUCUUUCCUCUUUUACCUCCCAACACUUCCCCCUCCCCCACCUAUUCAAGUCCCAGAUUCAAAAUUUUCCAACCACUUAUACAGAGUGGGGUCAGCAUCUUCACUAGGGAUUACAUGCCACUCCUCUGUAGACUGUCCCAAGCACACAGAUACAUCUGUCUGCCUGUCUAUCUGCUCAAUAUGCUUGGGGUAGGUUGUGAGUCUAAACAACAGAAAAUAUAAACAAAAGAGCUCAAAAAAGAUUUUGCAAUUCAAUGCUCUAAAGGCUCCUAAGACCAGCCACCUUUUCCCCACCCAACCCUUGUUAGAGGUGCUGCCUGUGGGAUUUUGUGGGAGCUUGGCAUUGAGGGUUCAGAAUGGGCCAAUGAUAUCACUAAGCCCAGGCCUCCACAGGAAAGAGAUUCUGCCUAGGCAACAACAUCUGGAUGAAUCAUGUCAAUUUAGCAGUGGUCUUUGUCAAAAAUCACACAAAGAUGGUCUUUUUUUAAAGGAGGGGCAAGAGAUGAACUGUAAUAAUAAAUCUUUUAAAGGCAAAUACCCAAUUGGGUCUAGAUUGAAUGUGUAUUUGAUAUACUGGGCACCAAAUUCCCUGAAGGAGAACCAGAUGUUGGGCACAGGGAAGAGGAAAAUCUUUGAAUUUUUUGCCAAGAGGGGAAAAAAAUCAGGGGCUGGUUCUCAG